GUGGGGAGAUAUCAAUUGAAUAUUGGAAGCAAAAUGCCCAACCUGACCUCCACAGCUGAAUUUCUUCUCCUGGAAUUUUCAGACGCCCAAGAAGUACAGCUCUUAUACUUUUUUGUGUUCCUCACAGUAUACCUGACUGGAGUGACUGGCAACCUUCUCAUCAUCCUUGCUGUAGCCCUGGAUCACCAUCUGCACAGUCCCAUGUACUUCUUUCUCAUGAACUUGGCCAUUCUGGAUCUUGGCUUAAUUUCUGUCAUGUUACUCAAAACAAUGGCCAAUUCCCUCAUGAACAGCAGGUCAAUUUCUUAUUUGGGGUGCGUCGCUCAGGUUUUCUGCCUCUUCGUCUUUGAAGGAGCAGAUUUUGCCAUUCUAACCAUAAUGGCCCACGAUCGUCAUAUUGCGAUCUGCAAUCCGUUGCAAUACGAGACAAUUAUGCACAGAGGAGCCUGCUUUCAGAUGGCGGCCAGUGCGUGGAUUGCCGGUAUACUCAGUGGUGUGUUAAAUACCGGAGCAACUUUUUGUAUCCCCUUCUGCUCCAAUGCAAUCGAUCAAUUCUUCUGUGAAGUCCCACAGAUCUUAAAACUCGCCUGUUCCGACAUGUAUCUAGUGGAAGUUGGUAUGCUUAUGUUUAUCUGUCUGCUGGGACUAGGCUGCUUAAUCUUCAUCGUUUUUACCUACGUGCAGAUUUUUGUAGCCGUGCUCAGAAUCCCCUCUCUGCAUGCACGGAAAAAGGCCAUCUCCACUUGCCUUCCCCACCUCACCGUGGUGUCUUUACUUGCAUUUAGUGGAAUCUUUGCCAAUGUGAGGCCUCGCAGUUACUCUUCAUCUGACUGCAAUGUUUUUUUUGCAAUCAUUUAUGCUGUAGUUCCUCCCUUGCUCAAUCCAUUCAUUUAUAGCAUGAGAAACAAAGAAAUCAAGACUGCGUUGUUGAAGCUCUCUGAUUUAGGGCAUUUUUCUAAAAUUACUGCUAGCAAAGCUUUUCUACAAAAAAGUGAUUGA